GCGGUCAUCAUGCUCGCGUCCACCCGCCCGGCACUCGCGCGCCCACCACUCCCGACCGCCUUCGCGCGCAGUGUCUCCUCCUCACCCUAUGGCCGCACCCACGUAUGGAAGCGCGGACGGUCUGCCGAGCUCCCGGCCCCCGUCGUGCCCAAGUUCCCGCAGCGCGUGAUCCGCGCGGACGGCAGCUCCUUCACGCACUUUACGACGUCGCCGCGGUCGUUCAUUCGUCUGGCGCGCGACGUGACGAACAACCCGGUGUGGAACACGUCGAUGUGGCUGGGAGAGUCAGGCGGGAUUGAUGAUGAGAACGCGGUUACUGGUCGUUUGGGACGGUUCAGCAGGAGGUUCCGGGACGAUGGGAUCGACCGGAAUACGUGGAUGGAGCAGUUUGAGGGUGCACCUCCGGCUGCGCAAGCAGGUGAGCCUGCACCGGAGGUCAAGGACGCGAAGAAGGACGAUGGCAAGCGGAAGAAGUAGCCGCCCAUUGCUCGACCUUCGUAAACAGCCUCAACACAUCACGCGGCAGUGUUCGCCCCACCCCCCUCGACGCCCCACGGCGCCUUCAGCGCCCUGCGUAGACUUGCAACAAUAUAUGCCCAUAAUCCGCCGACAAACGCCCAUCAUCCUGUGGCAUCGUAAUUGCAUGGGCCCGCAGCUUUCUACCCUAUAUAGGAGGAAUAUCAUGCAGUAGACCACCCUUCACCACCAUGACAGAUAUGCAGAGUUCACCGGCAACGUGCAGUCUCAAGACCAGUCUUAAGCUCUACAGUUGCAACUGUUGUGCAUUACCGCCGCGCAGAACUGUGCCUCUGCAACC